GUGGUCGUGGCUAGCGCGGCGCGUGGCGCGUGUUCCAAUAUCAAGCUCGCAUCAAAUUCUGGAUCUGCCGCUUGAAGCUGAAAACGUUGUGGUGGUAAAAAUUUUCUUGCAAGUAAACCCGCAUAGAGCAUCACAACCAAUUAGGGUUUUUUCAAAUUCUCGUUCAUCUUCGAUUUCAUACAGGAGGUUGUCCUGUUCUAAUGCGUGGUUAGAAUUUCGGAAAUGAGUGAUGCGAAAGAAAAUGAGGAAGUUGGCCAGGGUGUGCCCUCGGCUAUGGAAGAAAACCAACACUUAGAUGAUGCCAAUUUUCAAAUUCAACCUGAUGCUUCUUCUACUCCUGCUCCAGUAGAGGAAAGUCCAAAUCACGUCAAAAACAUAUCGAAGGAGCCGCCUGUUGAGUCUAAGGCGGAGGCAUCUGCUGAGUCUAAGACAGAGCCACCUGCUGAGUCUACGGCUGAGCCACCUGCUGAGGUUAUGGCAGAGCUGCAUCCUGUGGCAAAGGCAGAACCACCUCCAGAGGCCAAGGCAGAGCCAUCUCCUGAGGUCAAGGCUGAGCAACCUCUUAGAGCUGUGUCAGAGCCAUCUGCUGAGGCUAAGUCAAAGUUACCUGCCCAGGCUACGGCAGUACCACCUGCGGAAGCUGAGGCAGAUCCUCCUUCUGAGGAUAAGUCUGAGCAACCUUCUGAGACUAAAUCUGUGCUACCUGCUGAAGCUAUGUCAGCACCAGAUUCUGCGGACAAGGCUGAGCCACCACUUGAGGACAAAAGUGAGGAUCAAGAGGUGGUUCCUGAGGGUAUUCAACAGCAAGAUAUUCAAAGUAGUGAAAAUACUCUUCAGUCAGUCACAGUAGAGCUUGAUGUAAAUAGAACUGAUCGUGAGGAAGCUUCUGACCCGAUGGAGGAAGCUAAUGAAAUUCCUCAGAGCAAUAAUGGUACAGAGGAUGAUGUGAAUGUUUGUACAAAUAAUGCCAAUGUUGCUGAAACAACAGCAGAAGUGAAGCCUGAAGAUGGUGAAGUGGCUAAUGGUAAAAGUUGCAACCAUGUUGAACCCAUACCAUCCGGGUAUGAUGAGCCUUCUAUGCUGCAAGCUGUUCCUGCUGAUACAAAUGUUGAAAUCAAGAAUAUAUUAGAAGUUGAGAAUAAGACUGAUGAAAAUCAAGCUGCUGCAACUGCAGACAAUGGGAAUGAAAACUCAAGUCACAUGCUUUUCUUGGACGCAGACCAUUGUUAUGAUGGGAAUGAGUCAGGGACGGAGGAAGAGCAAUCAGCAUUCAUGAAGGAGCUUGAAAAUUUCUUUAAGGAGAGGAGCAUGGAAUUCAAACCUCCCAAGUUUUAUGGAGAAGGACUUAAUUGCCUUAAGUUGUGGAGAGCUGUAACAAGAUUGGGUGGUUAUGACAAGGUAACCUCGUGUAAGCUAUGGCGGCAAGUGGGAGAAUCUUUCAAACCUCCUAAGACAUGUACCACAGUUUCAUGGACUUUCCGUGGGUUUUAUGAGAAGGCACUUCUUGAUUAUGAAAGACAUAAGAUAAAAGGUGGUGAGCUGAGUGUUCCAAUUCCUUCACAACCAGAGCCUAUGAAUAUCGAAAAUCAGACUUCAGCAUCAGGUAGAGCACGUAGAGAUGCUGCAGCACGCGCUAUGCGGGGUUGGCACUCACAACGUCUACUAGGCAAUGGUGAAGUCGGUGACCCCAUUAUUAAGGAUAGGAAUUCUGUGUCUAUGCAAAAACGUGAAAAGGAGCAGCUUAAAAGCAUCAAUUUACUUAAACGUAAGAAACCAUCGUAUAUGGACAAUGCAGUCAAAGCUGCACGUAGUAAACUGUCUAAACCACAAUUGGAUACAGCUGUGAUUGAUAUUGGACCUCCUGCUGAUUGGGUAAAAAUCAAUGUGCAAAAAACUAAGGAUUGCUUUGAGGUAUAUGCUUUAGUUCCUGGUCUACUUCGAGAAGAGGUGCGUGUUCAAUCAGACCCAGCAGGACGCUUAGUUAUUAGUGGUGAGCCUGAGCAUCUCAAUAAUCCUUGGGGUGUAACACCUUUCAAAAAGGUUGUAAGUUUGCCCUCAAGAAUUGAUCCUCAUCAGACAUCAGCGGUGGUAACUCUGCAUGGACAGUUGUUUGUUCGGGUCCCAUUUGAGCAAUCAGAAUAGUGGUUCCUUUACCAUUGAUUUACUUAGAUAGUUGCAGGGAAACCAUUUAGAGCAAUGGCUUCAGGGUCAGCCUCUUCAGACUUACCCCAAUUUGUAGCUUAGCUUAGCAUAUAAUAUUUAUAUUUAUUUAUGUUUGGGAUAUUUAAAAGUCCUUGUUAAUGAUUCUUCUCUAGCAAUUCCAGUUCGACCAUGUUAAUACGAGUUUAGUUAGUUAGGAUUCUCUAAUUGCUGAAGAACAUGUCAUUAUAUUGGCAACUUGGGUGAUGAGAGUAAAUUAAGCUGUUGAUAUUUAAUUUUAACAUUUGGGAUGAAUAUACUGCAUUUGCUUA